AUUCACUAAACCUGUUAUCGGAAGAUAUGUUCUGGAGUGCCCAGGAUGUGGUGUAAUCUAUCGUAGCCGUCAGAACUGGUUUGGAAAUAAAUACCCAGUUAAGACUAUGGUCCGGACUGAGCUUCGCCAUGCAUGGCCUGGGCAAGUUUUUGCGAAGCUGGAUGGUGGCCAUGCGGCCAGACGGUUUUUGGAUCAUUUCAGCCAUGCUUGUCAGGUAUGCCGUCAAAUAUUCAGCGACGGGAAGACUAAGCACCACUGUCGCGCCUGUGGAGGUGGGGCUGUGAUGCAUGUUCAACCAAUAAGAAACCUGUACCAGAACGAGGCUGGGGUGAGUAACAAUGAUCUAUCGGAUGCUCUAGAAGAGGAAUCUCCUCAAGAAAUUGUGCACCCGGAAGACGUCCAAAGUCUGUAUUCUGAAAACCCUUUGGGACCAGUAGCUGCCAGAAUUGUAAUAGAGGUUGUUCAGUCCGCUGUGGGUGUUUUAAAAAGAGCCAUUGUUUACCCUAAGGGGUUCAUCACAGAUGCAGCAAGGCCAGGAUACUGGGUACUAGACUGUCAAAUUUUAGCCUGUAAUUGUUGCCAAACUGAAUUCAAGGUAAGUGAUACCAAACAUCACUGCCGAGCCUGUGGUAUGGGUGUUUGCAGCAACUGUUCAGAACGUAGGAGACCUGUGACUUUAAGAGGCUGGGAUCACCCAGUCAGAGUUUGUGACCAGUGUGCUGCUAAAAAAGGACAGCUUUAG